AUUCUCUGCAUCUCUCUGGGACCAGGCACCAUCCCUUCAAGAUGUGGGCAAAGACAAUUACAGGAAAUUUUGCCAAUGUGAUUCAUGGUUUGAAUGCAAAUCACUUGACAGAUCAAGUCAUUCAGAGAAGCAAGCGAAUGAUUCUGGAUACUCUUGGAGUGGGGCUACUGGGUACAGGCACCGAGGUCUGCCACAAAGUGACGCAGUACAGCAAGAUCUACAGCUCAGAUGUAUCCAGCACCAUCUGGGGCCACUUGGAUUUCCGAUUGCCGCCUCUGUAUGCAGCUUUUGUGAAUGGAGUGGCUGUGCACUCAAUGGAUUUUGAUGACACCUGGCAUCCAGCCACACACCCAUCCGGGGCUGUGCUCCCUGCCGUGAUUGCCCUCUCAGAGGCCUUUCCUCAGAAGAAGAAAACCUCAGGUCUUGAUCUGCUCUUAGCUUUCAAUGUGGGAAUUGAGGUGCAAGGCAGACUGCUGCGCUUCUCCAGUGAAGCCAGGAACAUUCCCAAAAGGUUUCACCCACCAACUGUGGUUGGUACGAUGGGGAGUGCAGCAGCUUGUGCUAAACUGCUAGCUCUUGACAGGCUGAAAUGUAAAAAUGCCUUGGCUAUUGCUGCCUCUUAUGCAGGUGCCCCACUGGCUAAUGCAGCAACCCAAACUAAGCCCCUCCAUGUUGGCAAUGCUGCCAAGCACGGACUGGAAGCAGCCUGCUUAGCAUCACAGGGCCUUCAAGGAAACAAACAGAUCUUGGACAUGGAGUCGGGAAUAGGUGCCUUUUACACAGAUUACAACCCACAGACUCUGCCAACCUUGCAGUCCUAUCCCUGGCUGUUGGAUCAGCAAGACGUGGCCAUCAAACGCUUUCCUGCUCAUCUUGGAACGCACUGGGUGGCUGAUGCAGCAUGUUCUGUUAGGAGGAAGCUUGUUGAGAGCAGUGACAACUUUCUCCCCCUUGAUAAAAUUGAGAAAGUCAUUCUCAAAGUCCCAGAGGUCAAAUAUGUGAACAGACCCAGCCCCACCUCAGAGCACGAAGCUCGACACUCCUUUCAGUUUGUGGCAUGCUCUGCUUUGCUGGAUGGCAGCAUGUCAGUCCAGUCCUUUGCCAGUGCGAAUGUUCACCGGCCAGCCUUGCGGGAGCUUCUCCACAAAACGCAGCUGGAGCACCCUCCUGACAACACACCCAGCUUCGAGAGCCUUUACUGCGAAGUGAGCAUCACGCUUCGGGACGGCAGCACCAUCAGCGACCGCUGCGACACAUUCUACGGGCACUGGAGGAAACCUCUGAAAAAGGAGGAUUUGGAGAAAAAGUUUCAAUCCAAUGCCUCCAGUGUCCUGCCUGCAGAAGCCAUAGAAGGCAUCCUAGAGUCUGUGUACAACCUGGAAAACAUAGAGGACUGCUCAGUACUGAGUAGAUUUUUAUCAGGACAGGCAGUUAGAGUGCUUUCGGAGAAGCUGUGCUUCAUUUGA